AUGGAUAAAGAAAAGCCUGAAGCCAGUCCCUGCUCAUUGGAAGCCAGUCCCAGCUCAUCGGAAGCCAGUCCCAGCUCAUUGGAAGCCAGUCCCAGCUCAUCGGAAGCCAGUCCCAGCUCAUCAGAAUCCAACAUGGAGCCAGUUGCAUCCAGGGAGUUAAAAGGCCGAAAGCCCUCCAACAAUAUCCUGAUCUAUUUGAUUGACAGGCAGCUGGGGAGGCCCAGAAAUGAUAUGGAUUUAUUUGAAUGGGUUUGGACCAUAACAUAAGUACCUGCCCAGAGUAGAGUGGUCUUUGCCAAAAUUAAUGUUCAUGUACGACUAUUUGUUUUAAAAGGA